UGUGUGUGUGUGUGUGUGUAAAGUGCAGGUUUCAGCAGGCUGGAGCUCACACACCAUUGUCCUCUCUCAGAUCAUAGAGAGUGUGUAUGUGUGUGUGUGUGUGUGUGUGUGUGAGGACGCUGCACGCAUCUUCUCACUGCAGCACUGCUGAUGUUCCUGCUCCGAGGAAUUCCCUGUUCACCGGGAAUUGGAAGAGGGAUUUAACGCUCGCGCUGGAUACUAAUGGCACCGGACCUGAAUAUCGCGGUCGGAUCGCGCGCGUCGAGCGGGAGUUUUAUGUGAGGAGCAGCGCUCGUGUGUGCGUUUGAAAGGCAGCUAUGCGGUCGGAGCGCAUGAGUCGCGUGUGUAUCGUGGUCCUGGAGGAGGUGGAAGAUGACGAACCCUCCCCUCUGCAUUCCAAAGCCACUCCGGACCACAUUUCCCAGAAUUCCUCUCAGGACGAGAAGCCCUCUCUGAUUAAAGCCAUAUUUAAUGUGGACGCAGAUGAAGUUCGCUCUCUCAUAUUCAAGAAAGAAGAUGUCAAUGUACAGGACAGUGAGAAGAGGACGCCGCUCCACGCAGCUGCAUACCUGGGCGACGCUGAGAUCAUAGAGCUGCUCAUCUUGUCAGGGGCGAGAGUAAAUGCCAAAGAUAAUAAAUGGCUCACUCCUCUUCAUCGGGCUGUAGCUUCCUGUAGUGAGGAGGCCGUCCAGGUGUUAUUGAAACACUCUGCGGAUGUCAACGCACGGGAUAAAAACUGGCAGACUCCGCUGCACGUGGCCGCAGCCCAUAAAGCAGUGCGCUGCGCAGAGGCGUUAGUGCCAUUGCUAAGCAACGUCAACGUGUCGGACCGCGCCGGACGUACGCCUCUUCACCACGCGGCCUUCAGCGGACACCUGGAGAUGGUUCAGUUGCUUGUGUCCAGAGGUGCAAACAUCAACGCUUUUGAUAAGAAGGACAGACGAGCUGUUCACUGGGCCGCAUACAUGGGUCAUUUAGAGGUCAUGAAGCUACUGGUGUCUCAUGGUGCUGAGGUUUACUGUAAGGAUAAGAAAUCAUACACUCCGCUUCACGCCGCUGCCUCCAGUGGAAUGAUCAAUGUGGUGAAAUACCUGCUGAAUCUGGGUGUUGAUAUUAACGAGCCAAACGCGUAUGGAAACAGUCCUCUGCACCUGGCGUGUUUUAACGGGCAGGACGUGGUGGUGAAUGAGCUGAUAGAAGCAGGUGCUGAUGUCAAUCAAGUGAACGAGAAGGGCUUCUCCCCGCUGCACUUCACCGCUGCCUCCCGCCAAGGGGCGCUGUGUCUGGAGCUGCUCGUGGCCAACAGGGCCAACGUCAACAGCAGGAGUAAAGAUGGUAAAACUCCUCUCCACAUGGCGGCCAUUCACGGGCGAUACUCCAGAUCACAGGCCAUCAUUCAGAACGGCUCAGAGAUAGACUGCGAGGAUGAGAACGGAAACUCUCCGCUUCAUAUAGCGGCUCGUUACGGUCACGAGUUGCUCAUCAAUACUCUCAUGACGAACGGUGCGGAUACAGCAAAGCGGGGCAUCCACGGAAUGUUCCCGCUGCAUCUGGCGGCGCUGAGCGGAUUUUCAGACUGCUGCCGGAAACUGCUCUCAUCAGGUUUUGACAUCGACACACCGGAUGACUUUGGCAGGACGUGUUUGCAUGCGGCCGCUGCAGGAGGGAAUCUGGAGUGUUUAAAUCUGUUGCUCAACACAGGUGCAGACUUUAACAGGAAAGACAGAUUUGGGAGGACGGCGCUGCAUUACGCUGCUGCGAACUGUAACUAUCAGUGUCUUUUUGCUCUGGUGGGCUCCGGGGCCAGUGUGAACGAGCGGGACGUCAGGGGCUGCAGCCCACUGCACUACACGGCUGCGGCCGACUCCGACGGCAGGUGUCUGGAGUAUCUAUUGAGGAAUGAUGCGAAUCCAGGUCUCAGGGAUAAAGAUGGAUACAGUGCUGUUCACUACGCUUCAGCGUACGGUCACCGAGUGUGUCUGGAGAUGAUCGCCAAUGAAACGCCAUUAGAUGUGCUGUUGGACACGUCUGCAUCAAGCAUCUUACACGACACUGACGUCCAGCCUCUCAUCAGCCCUUUACACUUAGCGGCAUAUCACGGUCACCACCACGCUCUUGAGGUUCUGGUCCAGUCUCUGCUGGAUCUGGACGUGAGGACGCCUCAGGGUCACACGGCUCUGAGUCUGGCUGCGUUUAAGGGUCACGUGGAGUGUGUGGAUAUCCUGAUCAAUCAGGGCGCGUCCAUGCUGCUGAAGGACUACACACACAAGAGAAGCGCCAUACACUCUGCAGCCAUGAACGGUCACUCGGAGUGUCUGCGUCUGCUCAUACAUAACGCCGAUCAGCAAACAGCCAUCGAUAUACGUGAUGGAAAGGGACAGACUCCUCUGAUGUUGGCGGUUCUGGGUGGACACACAGACUGUGUGUAUCUUCUGCUGAGUAAAGGAGCUAGCGUGGAGGCCAGGGAUAAAUGGGGCCGGACGGCCCUCCACCGCGGGGCGGUGAUGGGUCAUGAGGCGUGUGUGGAGGCGCUGUUGCAGCACGGCUCCAGUUUACUGGUUCAGGACAGUAGGGGGCGCUCUCCUCUGCACCUGGCGGCUGCUUGCGGUCACGUUGGGGUUCUGAGGGCCCUUAUGAAGAUCCAAAAGAGCGUCCUCGUCCUCAAGGACAACUGUGGUUACACACCGCUGCACUGGGCGUGUUAUAACGGUCAUGACGCGUGUGUGGAGCUGCUCUUAGAGCAGGACGUGUUUCACAAGAUGGAGGGAAACUCCUUCAGUCCACUCCACUGCGCUGUUAUUAACGAUAACGAAUCUGCUGCUGAGAUGCUGAUUGAAACGUUAGGUCCAGCGAUCGUAAACGCCACAGACUCACAGUCCAGGACGCCGCUGCACGCCGCCGCUUACACCGAUCACGUGGAGUGUCUGCAGCUUUUGCUGGGUCACAACGCUCAGGUCAACUGCACUGACAUGCUGGGAAAAACACCGCUCAUGAUGGCGGCCGAGAACGGACAGACCAACGCCGUAGAGGUGCUGGUGAGCAGCGCGAAAGCAGAUUUCACAUUACAGGACGCACACAGAAACACAGCCCUGCAUCUGGCCUGCAGUAAGGGACACGAAACCAGUGCCUUGUUAAUUCUUGAGAAGGUCACGGACAGAAACCUCAUCAACUGCACAAACGCAGCGCUGCAGACGCCGCUACACGUCGCCGCUCGUAACGGGCUCACGGUGGUCGUGCAGGAGCUGCUGGGUAAAGGAGCCAGUGUCCUCGCCGUGGAUGAAAACGGUUACACUCCAGCUUUGGCUUGUGCCCCGAACAAAGAUGUGGCCGACUGUUUGGCGCUGAUACUCGCCACCAUGAUGCCCAUCUCCCUCAGCAGUCCCAGCACCAUAUCGGGCCUCGCGUUUACCACCAUUAACCAUUACUCCAGCCCAUCCAAGACCGUGACCUUUGACCCUUUACCCAUGCUGCGGUCUGAGCACGUCUCCUACCGUAAAUUCAACAGCCUGGGCCGCGAGGACGGCCUCAUCGUCCCCGAUGAUGAACUCAAUGAUUCAGACUCAGAAACGUACUGACAACACGCCUCUGUCCCGCCCCUCAGUGUCUUAAACUAGCGCCUCAUUGGCCGAAUGGUGACUAUGCUAAUUAGGGUCAUCCCUCUAUGACCGGUGAGUCCGAAGUCUCAGGAGAAAGCGGAAAAACAGGAAAAUAAGAGCAAACGCUGCAGUUUGACCAGUCUAGAUUUGAACACUCAAGCAUCACUAAUACUCAUUAUUUAAAGCCAAAUUCAUUUUGUUUUCCUUUAUCAGAAGAACUCUGCUCAUAUUGACAGCUGUGGGACUGUAAUUCACAGCAUUUAUGUGGAACGUGAGGAGGUGAUGGAUUUUUGUAACCACAGAAACAGGAAAAAUUGAAGACGUCAGGGACCAAGAGCUGCAGACUUUCCCUCCAGCUUUACUUUUAUCCCCGUUUGUGCAUGAAGAUUGAAUUUAGGUUUGCAUCAUGGAUUAUUUAUUAUAAAAAAAUGAAGACUUUCAGGGUUCAAAUUUAACGAGUAUUUAUUCCUCUGCUGUUGUGAGGAAUUACAGCAAUCUUCCUGUUUUGUGUGUGUGUGUGUGUGCGUGUGAAAGAGAUUAUGAAUUUGAAUGGUUGUGUGUGUGUGUGUGUGUGAUUUAUUUUAUAAGAGUUCAAAGACAAUGAAAAGAUCAGGUGUGUGACUUGACCUUUUGGUACAUUGUUAAUAAUUAUUAAUAAUUCUAAAUAAUAAAUCAUUUUUGCCAUAAGA